CUAUGUCCAGGAUCACCCGAUCUACAUUCCACAACCUCUUUGGCGACCUCACCAUUGAACUGUGUAACCAUGGGCAAUGGCACGUCCAGCUCUCAGGGGGUCUAUUUCCAGUGCAAAGAAGACAGGAUGAAGUUAGAAGACUCCUUCUCAAAUGCCAAGGAUGACAGUCAGAUUGAGACAUCCAGGAAGGUCUGCAGCAGAACCAAAGUGCACCUAGGCCGUGCUAGCCCGGUUCACUAUGUUCUUCAGCCUGGGACUUCUCCUGAAAACAUGGGAUUUUCUAACCCCCUCUACAUUGAGGACAAGAAAUGAACAGCAUGAACUUUGUGGGAAAUCAGUACUUCCCAAACUUUGGUUUGAAGAUCCACUGGUGGUGUUGUAAGAAGUACUGAGGUGUACGGGGGAAAAUGCUGCAUAUCUGGAUAAUAUAUAUUUUUUUGCAAUAUACACUUUGAAUGUUCACAUCAAUCAUAUUGAACACUGUCCCAGCUAAACACAGUGCACUAGAUAGAGGGGCACAUUAAGUUGUUUUGACUCUCCAGCAGGUACAACCCUGGCUGUACAUUAAUAUUUAAAGGCCUCAAGUGUCACCAUUGUGCAAUUCUUUGAAUAUCUAGGACACUGGUCUGAAUUUUUAUGCAAGCAAUGAAACCAGUAGUUUUAUUGCAGGCUUUGUGCUUUUUAAUACUGCAAAGGCACACAAUUUGAAUUCUGUCAUCAUGUCAUUGAGAUCACUGAUGUGAGUUAGAAUUACUUAACUGCUGGCAUACUUUUUAAGUUUUUUUUACAAAAUGUGACUUUGAAAUGCAAUGACAGUUAAAUGAAUCUGUGCAUGUAAAAUUUAAAUAAACAGGAUGGCAUUCUAUUUGCCUCUUUCUCUUGAAUUCAUUGUAUUUGUGAAUUUUCCAUUUAUUGCAUUGAAUCAAUAAGUUUCCAAAGAAUCUAAAUUUGAAUGUUAAUUUACUAUCUUUGUUUAUGUGUGGUCAUUUGCAGAAAAUGUGUGAAUAUAUUUCUUAUUAUAUAUUACUUUUUAUACUCAUCAUUGUACUAUAAGUCACUCAGUGGAGAACAACUAGAUUCGUCAGAAAAAAGUUUACAUUGAUCAGGACACAUAAAUCAGCAACAGGCGAACAGCGAACUAAGCGCCUGCUUAGGGCCCCCGUGGCCACCAGAGGGCCCCCAAGAGCGCAUGAAAUGUCCCACAAGAGAGCUCGAAAUGUUUUUUGUUUGUUUGUUUUUUGAUAUAUUAUAUUAUGUCAAUGGUAAUCAUACAAAAACGCAAUAUUAUGUUAACGGGCUGGCUAGCUAAUACCACUGGUUUAAUCAAUUCCCGCUGCCUCUGUCAGAGCCGGUCUCACGUUCAUGCGCACUGUAAAGGACGUUAACUGCAUUUUGAUGCAAGCACACUCAGUCAGGCUAACGUUGGGUUACAGUCCUCUCCUCUGCGUCGAUGGAGAAGGCAGCAAAGAAGUUGUGUGGUCAGAAACAGAUGGGACCCAAAGAAUGGCUUAAAUACCUGUUAUUUCACAUCCUGUUCUUCAAAGAUGCCCCAGUCCGUGUGGAGGUCGAGCCUGAGUCCACAGUGGUGAAGGAGGGAGAUGCUGUGGAGGUGCAGUGCUCCAGUGACAGUAACCCUCCUGCACACGGCUACCAGUGGUACAACAUCACUGGCACUCUGCUGUCAGAGGAACGAAUCUACAAACUGCACAACGUGUCCAGACACACUAAAGCUCUCUACUGUGCAGCCAUCAACACAGAGGGGCACAAGAACUCCACUCCGGCCAAGAUCAGUGUGGAGUAUGCCCCAGAAAUAAAAGAGGGACCGGCCUGUAGCGUGAGGGCCGCGGGGGUGGCCUGCUUGUGCGUAGUGGACUCAGAACCUCCCCCUGAGAUUACCUGGCUGCUCCAGAGAGGGAGCGAUGCCAGCGCCGGCACUGAGAGACACGGCUCCAUCACGCUGGGCACGCUGCGGAGUACCCAGAGGCUCACAGAGCUCACCUGCCAGGCCAGCAACUCACGAGGAAACACGUCCGCAGUCUUCACACCACCCCAGAGCGGUGAACUCCAGUACAUUUCACUCAUAGUUGCUGCUGUGCUGCUGGUGGCAGGCAUGGCCGUUGUAGUGUGGCUAGCAAGAAGAAUGAGACACAAUCGUGAGCAACCUGUAACUGGUAUGGACGACGCAGCCACAACCAUGACAGGGACCUCCUACGCUAUGGCAGCAAGAAAGGAGGAAAAAAGCAUCAACAGUGGAUUUUAUGUAAACGAUGAACAGAUGUAUGGUAAUAUUGGGGUAUGUAUAAGGGUGCUCUCACAGAUGUACAUAACGCAUUACAUCAUGCAUUACUGAUGCUCUCUACCAGAGAGACAUACAGCAGGCAAACGGGUGCAUAGAUCAGGAAACAACACUCUAAUGGAGGGCCAGUACAAGGCAGAGCGGACAUCUUGUCAGGUUACAAGCUGCCAGCUAAGUCUAGCACUUAGACGUACUACUGGGAGGAACAGACAACACUAAAACUGUUAGAUUUGAUUGUACACAUUACACAGUAAACGAUCUCAACUGUCGCUAAAUCAGGUUGAUUGCUGUAGUUCAAAAAUGUUUAAGUUGGUCUGGUAUUCUUUUCUACAGCAUGUUUCUUUAGACACAGCUUUUAUGAAUGGUCCUAAGGACAUAUAUAAGCCCUUCAUAAGCAGUACACCAUCCUCUCAUAAGCACUACGUAGACAUUCAUAAAUGCACAUGUCAAUAGCCGCGUUUCCACCAAAAGUACCCGGAACUUUUAGUCCCAGGAACUACUUUUAAAGGAACUAAAAGGUUCCUUCAGCCCAUGGUUGUCUGCGUUUCCACCGCGGUCUAAAGUCCCACGAAGAUUAGGCAAAUUAGCCCACUGACGUAUGAAAAAGCGACGUUGUCGUCGGUCCAUCUGUCCUAUGAUUUCUUCUGUAACCCCAUACUACCACCGAAGUAGCCUACAUUAUUUUCUAAUAACCGGGACAGCCCGGAGGGGUUUAUUCCACUUAUAUACAACGGGUUACCAACAAUGAUUAUAUAUGGUUACUUUUGUAUUUAUUUUUUUAAAUCAUUUUUAAUCACCUGGAAUUGAAAUAUUCUUCUGCAGCCGUUUGGGCAUAUUUUAUCAUUGUCAAGCAAAACUGUCGUUGGUAGUUGAACUUGGACCGUUGUUAUGCAACAAAUAGGAUAUAACAGGUCACAAUAGUCAGAUUGUAACUGUUUUAUAUAUCCUCUCAAACACAUUCAUUAUGUUUUUAUGCGAACAUUCGCUUUCAUGUCUUGACAUCCGAAGCGACAGAAUGCAUUCACAUUUAUAUGUAUAACUGGCAACAACAGCAGAAAACACGCACACGUUGUAAACAAUUUGCUGUUUGAUUACUUUCUCAUCGUCAGGGUAAAAGCAGGUUCAAGAAAUGUGUUCCUAGCUGGGCUUGAGCCUACGACCUCAUGUUCCCAAGACUGUAACCUUUUCUACUAGGCCACAGGCAGGCUAGCUGUUUAAACUGGAAAUGUUUCAGAGUAAAAAGGUAUGGGUAUUUUGCGUGUGUAUGCAAGUUUUUGAUUGGGUUGUGUAGGUGAAGAUUUGGCUGGUGUCGGUAAAAUGUCCAAUGGGGAGACAUGUUGUUAGUGGGAUAGGCGGCAGGAAAAAUAAGAAUGAGAAGAAGAAGAAGGAGAAGAAGAAGAAGGAGAAAACGCAAAAUCCCCUUAGUUUGGGGCUUUAUUGUGUGGACAUGUGAAGUUGUUUAUGAAAUCUGUCUGUUGAAAUGGGGUCAGAAUGUACAGAAUUUAAUUUUUUUAAGGGCUGAGUGUCUCUGGCUGUUGUGGUUAUUUCUGUGGGGAACCCUGAAAAGUGCAUAACUCUCGGUGCUGUAUAGGUAUGGGGCAUGCCUUCCGCCACGGCGUAACUUGGCGGGAUGGCAUACCUGCCAUCCCAAUCCCAAUAUAUAUAUAUAUAAUAUAAUAGUGUAUAUAACAAAAUGUACUCUAUAGGGAACGGUCUGAGGCGGCAAUUCUUUAUUUGUCAUUAACAAAAAAUGCAUAGUACGAAGUUGUAUUGGUACACAUUGUAUAUAGGUAUAUUGGAAGAACACAGGUAAUAUGGUCACGUGAAAAUCUAGUGCAAGAAAUGACAGAAAUGUU